CAUUUUUAGUCUACUUGGAACAGUGUGGAACUUUUGUUCUUGGACCUCUCCACUUCUCUCUCUCUCUCCCAUCUCCUGCUAGAAAGGUUUUCUUUCCCCAAAGUCCAGCCAGCCAGGAUGCAGGGCGCCGCCGCCGAGGGGAGGAGCAGGGCUUCGCCGGACCAGGCCGACGAGGAGAGCGCCAAGAAGCCGCGCCUGGACCUGCCCGACGCCCGCGUGAAGCAAGAGCUCGUCGCCGGAGGAGGGGAAGGGAGCCCCGUCGUCGCGGCGGCGGCGGCGGCGGCGCCGUACAGCCCGAGAGAGGAGCUCGCCGUGAGGAUCGACAAGCGCCUGCUCCACUGCCACCUCUGCACCCUCCCCUUCAAGCCCCCCGUCUUCCAGUGCAAAGCCGGGCACCUGGCCUGCGGCGGCUGCGUCGCCCAGCUGCCCUGCGGCCAGUGCAAGGUGUGCGUCGACGGGGGCGGCUUCUUCGACCCCUGCCCCGCGCUCGACGCCGUCGUCUCCUCCACCAGGAUCGAGUGCCCCAACCCCGGCUGCACGAGGUACGUCACCUACCACGAGGUCGCCGACCACCAGACCGCGUGCCCGCACGCGCCCUGCCGCUGCACCGAGCCCGGCUGCGGCUACGUCGGCGCGCCGCAGGCGCUCGCCGGCCACCUCCACACCGUCCACUCGGUGCCGGUGCGCGCCCUGCAGUACGGCAAGGCCAGCCAGCUCCGGCUCCCGGUCUCAACGCCGCGGCUCGUGCUCCUCGGCGACGACGACAACCGCGUGUUCCUCCUCACCGUGGGCGCGCUCGGCGCCGGCGUGACCGCCGUGUCCGUGGUGUGCGCCAGGGCCAGCGCGGCGACGCGGCCCCGGUUCGCGUGCAAGAUGUGGGUCAACCUCGAGGCGGCGAACUGCGGCAAGGAGGACAUGGUGCUGGUGGACAUGCACAUGAGGAGCAGCUCGUCGCCCGGCGCCGUGGUCGCCGCGGGCGAGCCCACGUUCCUGAUGGUGCCGCCAAUGUACCUGGUGCCAGCAGCAGCAGGGGAUGGGGCUGCGUCCAUGGAAGUGCCUCUGCACAUCCGCAUCGACAAGCUCUCCCCUUGGUCCGACGCAUUGGUGUGAUUAGCUCCAGCACUCAAGGCAGUUCGUGGUUGCUUAGUAUUUUGGUGUUCCAGCUUAAACUAAGUAUUUGGGUCAUGUUAUAAUUAGGGGAUGCAGUUCAUCUUUGAUGGUAGUCCUAAAUCAUUGUAGGGUACUUACCUAAAUCGGAGGAUAUUAAGCUUGGUGCUAAUCGGAGGAUAUCUUCUUCCGGUGUUAUGUCAUUCCAACUUGCAAGCAUUUCAUUUGCAUCUGUUGCAA